AUGGAAGAGCAGCAUUCAAUAGUCGAUGGUUUAAAUGAUUUCGGCGAAACUACAGCUAAAAAUGUGUUAGCCGUAGUGUGUGGUGCUAUACCAAUCAUUGGGAAUGUCGCGGCAAAUAUUGCCCUGGAUAUUAUAGAACGAACAGAAAAGGCCCAGCAUAAUAAAAAAGCAUGCAAAUUUAUUCAAAGCUAUGUAAAAUCAAGUUUAAGCACUAUUGCUAAGUUUCAAUUACAAGGUACUAUCAAGGAAUCACAAGAAGCUUAUGAAAAGAUAUUGAAAGACAUAAAAUUAUAUGUGAUUGAAAUUGAUAAGCCCGCAAAAUUCAGCGAAAAAAUAAACAAUUGGCUCAAAAGUGCUUUCAACGCAAACAAUAUCGAAGCAGCAAAUGAGAGAAUCUUCCAAUUGCUGAAAGAUGCAACCGAUAACUUUUAUAAAGCUGUAUCACUUGAUACUAAUAUUCAAGUUAAAGAAAUUAUGAAUGAGAUUGAAGAACAAAAAGAACAGCUUUUGGCAAUUAAGUUCAUGAUUGCACGAAAAGAAGAA